AGCCAGUCAGGCCCAAGUCAUGUACUUGCCUUUCGUUCAUGGUGCGCAUGUGCAAGGCAGGCCAUGCUGCCCCCCCAGGACCUCGCCGAGAGAUUCCAUGCCCUGUCCGUGCGGGGAUCUGGGCUGCGCGCCGAUAGCACGGUCCUGGAGCGCGGUUUCUUGAGAUCUCCCAGAGGGCGUCAGUGCGCAGUUUGGCUCGUGGGGAUCUUCGGGACUCUCGGGACGUUGCGGACGCUCCUCGUCGGGGUCAAGUCGUUCUUCCGGCCUUCAAGCUGCCCUCUGGGCAAGUCUCUCACAGUGUUCUGGCUUGGGGCGAUGUUGAUGGGCUUCGUCCUGACGGCCGCCGUCGCGUUCCUAAAGCAGAAUGGGGCGUUCGCCGUCUACGCGUUCGUGGAGCGUUGGUGCGGUUUCUUCAUGUGGUUGUGGUGUUAUCUAGAGGGUGUCGUUCCCUGCCGCAGACCAUAGAGAAGCCAGAUAUGAACAUUCUAAGGCCACCUGAGGAUUCGUAGAAUAUUGAAGCAUUCAAGAAAUAGCUUCACACACGAACCUACAAAGAAAAUACUUAUGACCGUCGCAGCCUGGUGGUCACACGGAAAGGAUCGGCGGACUUCGGUUGCGUGACGUACCUCCGAAUUUUAGCGAAUCCCGACCCCGACGGAGAUUGUUUGAGUGGCCUCGCCAGCGCGUAUUACGUGUUGGUCAGUGGUUCCGUUCUAUUGCUGGUCAUUCUGCCAUGCGCAGUCAUGUACUUUGACUUGGAGCACAGCGAGCAGUUGCGGGAUCCGGCGAGGAGCACGCAGUUGUGGCACGAGGUCACGGGCGGCGCCCGCAUGUGCGAGGAGGCGCACCACAUCUACCGCGCCCUGCCGCACAACGUCUCCCUGCCCCCGGGCUUCCGCUGCGGAGUGGGCUCGACGAGCGACAACAACUGCUUCAUCUCCUCCCUGGUGCAGCUGCUGCGGGGCGCCCCCGAGGCCGGGCCCCUGCACACGACGGAGUGCGCCCAGAUACGCCGGCUGGGCGUCCAGGCCGGCGUCUGGCGGGGCCCGCCCGCGCACAUCGAGGCCGACCACGACGCCGUGGCCCUGGUGUGCCAGGCUCUGCAGCACGACGCCGUGCCCAGCGUCGUGGUCUUCGCUGGGCUGCACGCGGACCUCCGCCAGGAGGUGCCCGGCGCCGCCGGCGCCAGGACGCUGCACCUCUUCAACCCAGUCGGCAUGCAUUUCGACCCGCUCUGGCCCGACGGCUCCGGCGAGGAGUACGAGCUGCCGCUCGUGAUGGCUUGAGGCAGCUUGUCUUCCUCCUCUGGCUCCGCCCCCUCCUCCUCCUGCUCUUGCUCCUCGGUGGUGGCACAACGACAGUGGUGCCCGCCCCCCCUGAGGGCAGGUGGUCACGCCACCCUCGCACCCACACUUUCAGGAUGUCACCAUCACUGAAGCAGCAGAGGCAGCAGCAGAUGCGGAAUGACAGGUAGGUGAGAGGCCGCAUGAAUUCCCAGUUGUUUGAAGCACGGCGGGCCGCAGUAAUUUUGGGGGGUGAUGCGAGGCCAUUGUUGUUUUGAACGCGACUGCUGAUGACCUCAUUGUGAAAGUUGUGGGCAAGUUUGAAGUGGUGCCCAAGGGCACAUCUACUCCUCCGCCUCCCCCUCCCCCUCCCCCUUCCUGCUAGAAGGUGUCCUGGGGUCAAUUGAGUUCAAGAGAGCACUGCAGGAGAGGCGCGCGCCUCGUAUAAGAUGCAGUCGCACAUCUCCGGGUACCGGCCGCAGGAUCCGGACGGAUGUUGACGGUCGUUGGAGGAACAGCGUGGAAACUUUUUCGUUCGCAGCGCUGGCGGACGCGAGCACAACUGCAGAGCCGACGGGCCUCGCUGGACACGGGACGCACUAGAGCGGGUCGAA